AUGCAGCUCGGAAAGUCCUACAAUGUUUAUUUCCUUUGCGCGUUCAUGACCCUUGCUUUCAAAUACAAGCUGACCGUACGGCUAGGUGGUGGUCUGUUCGGUUUCGAUAUCUCGUCUAUGAGUGGUGUUCUGGGCACCAAGGCCUACAUCAAUUACUUCCAGGUCGGAGAUGGCAAUUACAAACAGGGUGGAAUUACCUGUGCGAUGCCGUUUGGCUCGCUCGUCGGUGCCUUGUGCUCCAGUUUCCUCGCCGACAAGUACUCGCGUGUCACAGCUAUUCAGUUCUCCUCGACUUUGUGGAUCAUUGGCUCUGUUUUUCAAUGUGCCUCCAACGGAAUCGCGCUGCUCGUCGUCGGCCGUGUCAUCGCAGGCCUCUGUGUCGGCAUCGCGUCCGCCAUGGUCCCUGUCUACAUCGCCGAAGUCAGUCCCAAGCAAAUCCGAGGCCGCAUGAUCUCGCUGCAGCAGUGGGCCAUCACCUGGGGUAUCCUGAUCCAGUACUUCAUCCAGUACGGCGCCAGCAACGUCGACGGCGGCCCGGAGAAUGAAACCCAGAGCACGGCGGCUUUCCGCAUCCCCUGGGGUAUCCAGAUUGUCCCUGGUGCUAUCUACUUCGUGGGGCUGUUUUUCUAUCCCAAGUCACCGCGUUGGCUGGCGAGUAAGGACCGCUGGGAUGAAUGCAUGCAGGUCCUUGCCCGUCUCCAUGGGAAUGGCGACAUCAACCACCCCAAGGUUCUUGCUGAGUACAAGGAGAUCCAAGACGCGUUGGCUCUGGAGCGAGAGCAGAACUCGACCAGCUACGAGGAGUUCAUGAAGCCGCGCAUCGCCAAGCGUGUCUUCCUGGGAAUGAGUCUGCAGAUGUGGUCCCAGCUCUGCGGGAUGAACGUUAUGAUGUAUUAUAUUGUCUACAUCAUGCAAGGCACCGGAGCUGGCUCGCCCCUCCUCACAGCCUCAAUCCAAUACAUCCUCAACACGGCCCUCACCCUGCCCGCCAUCCUCUGGCUCGACCGCUUCGGCCGUCGUCCUGCCAUCCUCAUCGGCUUCACCAUGCAAGCCAUCUUCCUCUACGUCGAAGGAGCCCUGCAAGCCGGAUACGGCCGCACCACGCGCGAAGGCGACGCAAACUCCACCGCCAUCUCCUGGACCGUCGCCGACCACCCAGCCGUCGGCCGCGCCAUCAUCGCCAUGUCUUACCUCUUCGUCUGUUCGUUCGCGACGACCAUCGGCCCGACCUCCUGGACGUACCCGGCUGAGAUCUACCCAGCCAAGGUACGCGCCAAGGCCGUCUCUCUGGCGACAGCCUCGAACUGGACCUGGAACUGUCUCUUGGCGCUCUUCGUCCCGCCUCUUCUUUGGAGUAUCAACUGGAAGAUGUACAUGAUCUUCGCCGCCUUCAACACCGUCGCCGCAGUCCACAUGUUCCUCACAGCCCCCGAGACAAAAGGCUUCACCCUCGAAGAAAUGGACGAAGUCUUCGACAGCGGCGUGCCCGCCUGGCGCCGCGGAAAGGUGCGCUCGCGCCUCGACGACAUCGAGCGCGAGAUUGCAGAGGGGAAUCUCAAGGUCACGGACCGGACGGGCCCUGUUACUGAUGACAAGGUUGCGCCUGAGAAGGGUAAUGAGCAGGUUUGA